AUGACGACAAAUUCAGAAUUUUCAACCCAACAAGUAUUUAGAUAUCGUGAAGAUUUAAUGUAUUGGGUGCAAAAUGUGGCACACUCUCAAGGUUUUGUUAUCGUUACUAAACGAUCAAGGGCAAUAACUAUUGGAUUCAUCUCUAACAUAGUACUUGGUAGUGAUCGUGGUGGGAAGUAUAUGAAGGCUCGUGGUUUUUGGACGUUAAGGGUCGUACGUGAUGAACACAAUCAUGAACCAUCAAUGUAUAUGGAGGGUCAUCUGUUUGCAAUGCAAUUGUCGGAUAAAGAAUCUCAUUUGGUGCAAGAAUUGACAAAGCUCAAUGUGAAACCGCAAGAUAUUCUGUCAACAUUAAAAGAGCAAAAUCCAAAUAAUGUGUCUUCACUGAGAACUAUAUACAAUUUUCGUCGAAGUUUUAGAGAUCUUAACAAGAAGGUAGAACCCCGAUGCAGAAUGUUAUGCAUAUUUUGCAAACUAAAGGAUGUUUUUGGUUACCUUUGUAGUGUUUGGUUGGACAAGUAUGUCGAAAGAUUUGUAUCAUUAUGGACUGACAAACAUAUUAGUUUUGGAAAUUCAACAACAAAUAGAGUUGAUAGCCAACAUUCCAAGCUGAAAAAACACCUAAAUUCGGCGAAAUGUGAUUUGGACAGAUUCAUAUAUGUCAUUGAAAAAGUUGUUCAGGCACAACUCACUGCUAUCAAAGAAAGUCUUGCAAGAUGUAGAAUCUUUCGUAAGCCAAAAUUCGAGAAUAAACUAUUCCGAGAACUGGAGUUUGUUGUUUCAUUUCAUGCUAUGGAUAAAGUCUUAGAAGAGCUUCACCGGUUAAAAGGAUUUAGUCCAACUCCUAAAAAAUGUGGUUGUCAAUUGCGGACAUGUUUUGGAUUACCAUAUGCUCAUGAACUUGCAAUGUAUAUCAAUAAAGAUUUGCCUAUUCCGUUAGAUUCAAUUGAUGUUUUUUUUUGGAAAAAACUUGAUUUGGAGCUUUUUGUAUCUGUGGAAUAUGGUGAUUUUAAUUGUGAUCAUGGCAUGCAAAGGUUUAAAGAAAUAUACAACAAUCAACCAGAUCAAGGAAAAAUCAAUUUUAUAAGAAAGUCAAGGGGGAUAAUGGAUCCGUCAAAAAUUCUGAUCAAUGAACCUUCGAUUAAGAAAAAUAAUCGUGGACACCCAAAAGUGAAGCGUGGUCAGCAUCAAACUCAAGCUCCUCACAGAAUGCAAGGUUAA